ACUCACCUUUGUACAGUAGGUACACCGAGACAUCAAGCUACUCAUUUCCAAUAAAGGAUGGUCUCGCAUUGUAUAUGCUUCCCGUCUAAUAAUGGUUCAAUUUAUACUGGAAAGUGUAGCUUGAUGUGUCGUUGUGCGUGUAUUGACUUAGGAUUCGAGAAUAGACUCUCUCCUUUUUUAGACUUUGUAUAUACUUAUUAGCGUCAGAGAGGCGUCGGAUGCAAUCUGAGCCUGUCUGUGUUUACAAAUUUAUCUACUAAUAAAUUAAUAUGUGCCGUUCGAAUGUACACCCAUAGUAAUGUAUUGUAAUGAACGACUUUUUUCAUAAAUUAAAUGCAAAGCAAAACCGCGUGAAACUAGUCGUAUAUUCAUUGUGUAUUAUUGCUACCUUAGCAAUAUUUUUAGGAUUCCGUCGGAGAGAUAUCAUCUUCGUUGAGCAAUGAUUAAUCUCAAGUUAUUCGAACAUUGAUUAAUAUAAAUCAUAAGGAAUUAAUGUGAACGGAAUCCUCAUUCACAUAAGUAGUCAAACUUGACAUAAUUUUCCUUCUGAUCAUCAUUUUUUUACACACACGUAUAGGGAUGAAAUACUAAUGCGUUCACACUAAUGAAGUAUUGGUGCCUAUUAAUAGGAAUGUCAAAUUCUAUGGUUCAAUACUUUCUGCUUAGAGCUGCUAGUAAACACUUCAAGUUACGUACGUGUUUGUGCCAGUACAUAUACUCAUCAAGAAGUAUCAGUUUUUGAAACAACUACCUAUUCGAUAAAGUCAUCAGUUCAUUAUGUCGAAACUUGUAGAUGACAUUUACCCAACGGACGAGGCGUCAUCCGCUGAAGAGCCGGAAAAGAAACCGCUCGAAAAAAAGAGCACGAAGAAGAGAUCUCAUCGCUCAGAGCCGUCGAGCAGUGGCGUACGCACCGGCGCCGGCGGCGGCGCCAGCGCUCGCUCCGACCGGGACACUAAGCGGGCUAAGACCGAGAACAGGAGCACCGCGGCGGCUCUCUUUGGCUCUGAUAGUGAAGAUGAUCACUCUACAUCUCUUGAUAACGAAAUUGGUAAAAAAGUACCCCCUUUAACUUCUUAUGUAAUGAGACGCGUUACGAAUGGAUAUUCGCGCCAAGCUAAUGCAUUAAAACCGGGGACACAUUUCAUUGAGUUAAAAAUAUACAAAUGUGAUGAAAUAGAAAAUGUGUCGCCUAUGAAUAGGUGGCGUCAUGCGAUUGUUACCGUAAAGAAUAGAUCAGAUAUUGAUACCGAAAGUUGGCGUCACUUAUCUGCUUAUUUGAGUGCCAUUCGUAAAGAAUUUAAAAACUGCCCCUCUAUGAUUAUUAAUUCUUAUAAUUAAUUCAAUAAAUAGCUGUGUAGUGUAACUAUGCUUAAAACUACGCACAUUAUAUAACUAUUAUACUAUAUAACCAGUUUUAUGAUUUAUAAAAUAAAACUAUGUAUUCGUUAGAUAUAAGAGAUAUAGUUUAAGGUUUCUUUUGAACCCAUUACAUUUAGAUAAAUAUUAUUGUAUAAACAUCUACCUAUAAUCAUACAUAAUAAUAUAUUAUCCUUCUUGUUAAUAAUAUAAAUAAUAAAAUAUUCUUAUACCUCUAACUUUUAAUUGUUCACAGUUACCCUACGUCAUGAGGAUGAACCCGAUAAAAUUAAUUUUAUGUUAUGUGAGAAAUGCAAUUUAAGAAUAUUAAAACAAAAAUUCAAGAAUCAUACCAGAUCUAAUUUACAUAAGUCGAACUGUCUAUUGAGUACUGAAUUUGAAAGUAUUAAAAUAAUUGCCACUGCAUUUAAGAAUAGAAUAGUUACAUACAGACUAAGUCCAGUACAGGAAGACGAGCACCUCACACCAGAGGCGUUCCUGUGCUAUUAUAAGAAUGAUAUAAAUAGAAUUAUUGAACUGUCGUUAGCAAAACAUAAGUGUAUCAAAGUAAAUUUUGAGCUAUUUGCUUAUUUCAUUUUACCCAAGUCAGAUGAACAACAGCUUAAGUCAUUUAAUACCAAAUUUGAAAUUGUAUGCAGUAGUACAGAUAUAAACUGUAUAAUUAUUAAAAUAAUAAAUAUUUUGGUAGAAAAAAUGAUUGCAUUUGAACACUGCGAGUCCGGUUGGUCAUUUUUUAAAGUAAAUCAUUUAGAAAUUAAUAUAAAUAAAUAUUCACCUAUGAGAGGAGGUAGUUAUUUAGAAUUACCUUCAGUUAUAAAAAAUACUAAAAGUUGCAUAAACAUUAAAAACAAUGAUAAAUACUGUUUGUUAUGGAGCAUUGUAGCUUCGCUGUAUCCUGCUAGAAGUAACGUCUGUAGAACUGCAUCCUAUCCUCAUUUUUCAGAAGUUCUCAAUAUUGAAGGGAUCGCAUUUCCGCCCACUAUUAAUGAUUUGAAACUUUUAGAGAAACAAAAUCCUGAUUUAAGUAUCAAUGUUUAUGGUCUGGAUAAAAAAUGUAAUGUUACUGGGCCUCUAUAUUUGAGUAGUUUAAAGAAAGUUAAUCAUAUAAAUUUAUUAUACAUAGAAAAAGAAGAAAAGGGUCAUUACUGUCUUAUUAAAGAUCUCCCACGAUUAGUAAGACGUCAAAUCACUAAACAUAAUGGAAAACUAGAGUUUUGUGAUUCAUGUUUACAGUUUUUUGCAAGUAAGACUCGAUAUAAUUCGCAUAAAUGUUCUAAAAUUUUAGCAAUAUUACCAGGUGAAAAUAGUAAAUUAAAGUUUAAGCACUAUGAAAGAAAAUUAAAAAUUAAUUUUAUAGUAUACGCAGAUUUUGAAAGCAUAUUGUUAGAUUGUGAUACGAAAUCAAGUGAUAAUAAUACAACUAACAUAAAAUUGCAUCAACCGUCAUCUUUUGGCUAUUAUGUUUGCUGUUCUCAUGAUUCCAGCUUGAAUAAAUAUGUUUGGCAUAGGGGUCCAGACUGUAUUGAAAUAUUUAUAAAAAACUUAAUUAGAGAUGUGAAACGAAUCUGUAGGAUAUUAUCAAUUAAAAAGUCCUUGUCUUCAUUAUCUGAAAACCAAAGAAACAACUAUGAUAUGGCCAAUAUAUGUCAUAUCUGCGAACAGCCUUUAUUGGGAGAUAAAGUUCUUGAUCACGAUCAUAUUACUGGUGAGUAUCGCGGCGCAGCGCAUACUCAUUGUAAUUUAACUUACAAAGUAUGUCCAUUCAUUCCAGUAGUGUUUCACAAUUUAUCGGGAUAUGAUAGUCAUAUUUUUAUAAAAGAAUUAACUAACUAUGAGGGUGACAUCAAGGUAAUACCUAAAUCGAAAGAAAAAUAUAUGUCGAUAACGAAAAACAUUUAUUAUGAAAAAUUGUCUCGCCACAUACAAAUAAAAUUUAUAGAUUCAUUUCAAUUUUUAAGUUGUAGUUUAGAUACAUUAUCAAAAUCUUUAACAAAAGAAGAAAAUAUACAUCUUGCCAGCGAAUUCAGAGAUUAUGAUCAAUUCGUUUUACUGAGAGAAAAGUGUGUCUUUCCUUACGAGUACAUUGAUUCGUGGGCUAAAUAUGAUGUGAAGGAGCUUCCACCUAAAUAUACAUUUUUUAAUAGUUUAACAUCGGAGCAUAUAACAGAUGCUGAAUACCAACGUGCACAAAAAAUUUGGGAUGCUUUUAAGAUUGAUUCUCUUGGUAGAUAUAAUGACUUAUAUUUAAAGAGUGAUGUAUUAUUACUUUGUGAUAUAUUUGAAAAAUUUAGACAAAUGUGCUUGAAAUAUUACAAAUUAGACCCAGCUCAUUAUGUAUCUUCACCUGGUUUAAGUUGGGAUGCUAUGCUUUUAUACACAGGAGUUCAAUUAGAUUUGAUUUCUGAUUUGGAAAUAUAUGAAUUAUUAGAAAAUGGAAUACGUGGCGGUUUGGCUCAAUGUUCACUUCGAUAUGCUAAAUCUAAUAACAAAUACCUACCAGAUUAUGACGUAACUGAACCUUCUUCUUUUUUGAUAUAUCUCGAUGCUAAUAAUUUGUACGGGCAUGCCAUGACCAAAAAGAUGCCGAUAUCAAACUUUUAUUUAUUAAACGAAAAUGAAAUAUCAAAAUUUGAUCUGUUCAACGUUGCAGAUGAUGCAGAUUAUGGUUAUAUUUUAGAAGUAGAUUUAUGUUAUCCACAGCACUUGCACGAUUCUCACAGUGAUUUACCUUUUGCACCCGAAAAAAUAAUACCUCCAGGCGGAAAAACUUAUAAACUAGUAGCAAAUUUAUAUGAUAAAACCAAAUAUGUUAUUCACUAUACAAACUUAAAACAAUGCCUAAAACAUGGAUUGAUUUUAAAAAAGAUCCAUCGUAUAUUAGCUUUUCGACAAGACUGUUUUCUGAAAAAAUACAUUGAUUUGAAUACUCAGUUACGUCAAACAUGUAAUUCAGCAUUCGAAAAAGACUUUUUUAAAUUACUUAAUAAUGCUAUUUUUGGUAAAACAAUUGAAAAUAGACGAAAACAAAAAGACGUGAGGUUAAUAUCCCAAUGGGCAGACACGAAAAAUUUAACGAAUAAAAAUGUAGGUGCUGAAAAGUUAAUUUCUAAACCAAAUUUAAAAAGCAUCUAUAUAUUAAAUGAAAAUUUUGUAGUCAUUCAAUUGAAUCAAGAAAAAGUAACCUUAGAUAGGCCAAUAUAUAUUGGUUUUACUGUUUUAGAAUAUGCGAAACAACAUUUAUAUCAGUUUCACUAUGAUUUUAUUAAAAAUAAGUAUAAAAAUCAAACAAUGCUUUGCUACACAGAUACCGAUAGUCUACUUUAUUAUAUACAUACUAAUGAUUUUUAUGCUGAUAUUACUCAAAAUAUUUCACAAUUUGAUACUAGCAAUUUUUCUGAAGAUAACCCUUAUGGAAUUUUUAAAAGGAAUGCAAAGGUUCCUGGUUUAUUUAAAGACGAAUUAGGAGGUGAUGUAAUUUCUGAAUUUGUUGGUCUUAGAGCUAAAUUAUAUUGUAUAAGUAGUGUUAAAACACAUAUAAAGAAAGCAAAAGGCAUUACGAAACAUGUGACAAGAAAAUUAUCAUCAACUAACUACAAGACAGCCUUAUUGAAUGACAAGACAUAUAAACAUAAAAUGAUGAUUAUAAAAUCGAUGAAACAUGUUCUGUAUACACAAGAAAUUAAUAAAGUAGCAUUAAAUAGAAAUGAUGAUAAAAGACAAAUUUUACCAAACCAAAUAUAUACUUUACCUUGGGGGCACUACCAAUCUAUCAAAUAGAUUUAUGAUUAUGUUAUAAUAUGUAUAACUGCACUACAUUUUAAUGUAAUUAAUCUACAUUUAAAUGUACUUUAAUAACUAAGAAUGAAAAAAAAUAUACUUAUUAUUAAUAAACAACCUUAUAUUUUGUUUACUAUAUUGUAAAUGGAUUACAUAAAUAUAGUUAUAGUUUAAUCAUAGAUAUAAGUGUACAUUUGAUAUACAACAUGUUUUAUUAUACUU